AUAAAAGGUCGAAUGGAAGAUUAAAGGUUAUUAGUGUAAAUUCUAAUCCAGCACUAUGAUGCUGGUCUUAUUCACUAUUCUUGCUGCAGCAAUUGGUGUACAGUGUAAAGAGUACAAUGGAGACCAAGUGUACAGACUUGAAGUCCAGACUCCCAAUCAGAUUGAAUAUCUGCAGAACCUAGAGAAUAAUGGAGCUGAUUUCUGGACUGAGAUUCGUCUUGGAACCGUGGAUGUGAGGGUUGAGAGCGAAGGCAAAGCUUUAUUGGAGGAGGAGUUUCAGCGGCUUGGAAUUCAGUUCUCUGUCAUGAUUAAGGAUUUGGCUGGGCUAGUUCAAGAGAGCAAGUCAUGGUUCAAAAAGGGAGACAAAACAAGGACUGGAGCCAAACAUGCUAUGGAUUGGACUUCUUACCAUCCUGUAGAGGACAUGCAUGAUUUCAUGGAUUAUCUAGCAGCUACAUAUGAUUAUGUAUCAGUAUCUUCCAUUGGGGAGUCAUAUGAAGGAAGAGAAAUGAGGGUUUUGAAUGUGUGCAAAGGAGGAUGUGGAAAUAAGCCAGCUAUGUGGAUUGAUGGUGGUAUCCAUGCAAGAGAGUGGGUUUCCCCUGCUACAGUUACCUACAUGAUGAAUGAGCUGAUUGAGAACGAUGCUGAACAUCCAGAUCUAACUGAGAACCUGGAUUGGUAUAUUCUUCCAUCCCACAACCCUGAUGGAUAUGCUUACAGCAUUGAUAACGAAAGAUUAUGGAGAAAGACCCGUGCUCCAAAUGGAAAUAGUUGUUUUGGAACUGAUGCCAACAGAAACUGGGGAUUUCACUGGAAUGAAGGAGGAUCAUCUAAUGAUCCAUGUGCAGAGACCUAUAUGGGAAAAUCUGCAUUUUCUGAGAUUGAAAACCAGAAUGUGAGAGAUUUUGUUUGGGAGAGAAAAGACAAUAUUAAAUUCUUCAACACUAUUCAUUCAUACAGCCAAUAUAUUCUUCUGCCUUGGGGUUGGGGAUACGAGCAACCUGAUAACUAUUCAGAACUAGAGAUGCUCGCUUUUGAAGCAGUUGCAGAGCUUACUGCUGUUCAUGGAACUAGAUACACUGUUGGAUGCAUCCCCUGUCUCCUAUAUGUUGCUAGUGGUGGAAGUUUAGAUUGGGCACUAGGAGAGGCUGGAAUACCUUACAGUUAUGGAAUGGAACUGAGAGAUACUGGAAACUAUGGAUUCCUUCUACCACCAAAUCAAAUUAUCCCAACAGGAGAAGAGACAUGGGCCUACCAUCUAACUGCUGCCAGAGCAAUCCUCAGAGAAUUUGGAAACAAAGUUUAAAUGUUACUUUACUUAAUAAACUUUAAUUGAAGA